CUUUUAUCUAAUAGGUUAUUGGUUUCAAUAAUAUUAGUGAAGCUAUACAGAAACUGGAUUUCAGGAAUGCUGUUCAUGAUAUUAGAAGAUUUAAUUACAUAUGUAAACUUUUACAUUUAUUGAUCACUCAAAAUCUGACUACUUUAAGCGGACGUGCAACUCAAGUGCUAUUUGCUGUGUUAGAAGAAGUAGCAAGACAAGUUGCCAGUAACCAGCAGAAUCUACAUAUACUGCACAUGCUAUUAAAUGACUUACGGCGAAUAAUAAGAAAAUAUUAUUGCUGGGGUCGGCCUUUAGGGAGCACACUUCUGUGGGAGCAGCAUUUAAAGACAAUUGACAGAAUAUGUCAGUUUGCAAGUGAUAUACAAAUUAAAGAGCCUAUUGAAGAUGGUUCAUACAGAUUAUCAGACAUGCCGGCAGCUAUUUUGCGAGAAAUUUUACUUAGAUUAAGUGACUACAAAGAUCUGAUGAACUCUGCUCAGGCUUGUGAUGAUAUGAAAUUUCUUAUUGAUGAGCAGCACAUAUGGAAAGAACUGUGUAAAUUUCAUUUCUCAAGGGAACAAAUAAGGCUUUUCUUAGAAAAUGAAAAGCUUAAGCCUGUGAACACAAAAAUAGAUUGGCAGGUUGUCUUUCACCAGCUUCGCAGAAAAUAUGGUUUGAAGGAGGAAUAUGCUGAGAGCUUAUUUUUGUGUCGUCAUUGCCGGUGCUUAUUUUGGAAGUCAUUUGGACAUCCCUGUGUUGAUUUAAGACGUAGUAUUCCUAGUGGUAUGGAAUUCAUGAACGAAGAAAAUGAGAGCCUUGUCAACACUGUUCCGCUGUAUAUCCCUAUACCUCCUCAAGCAUUUCUCAGCUUUUUUUCAUUGUGAUAUUAUUGAUCUGACUAUGAAUUCGGUGUGAAGUCUGAAUUUUCAAGUUAUUUGUAUAUACUGCUUGUUUGGAUGUACUUGAAAUGUGUACUUUGUACAGUGUGUGUAUUUGUUUUGUCAUCCUGCAGGUCAGGAUGUAGCUGUGUUUUAAGAAGUAAUUGAUGCAGUUAUAUUGAAGUUGUAUUUUUGUAUGAUAAAUAAUUAAUUUGAAAAUGUCUCUUGCUUUCCCCCCUUUUUUAUUCAGUAAGAGACACACAAGUCAUCAAGGUUUGUUACAUUUUAAAAUUUUAUAGUUUUGAUUAUUACAUUUUUUAUAACAGUCAUUGUGAAAGUUUGGUUUUCUUUAUUGUUUUAUAAAUAGGUUGUAACUUUUAUGGAUUAUGUUGGAAAUGAUUUUGGGAUACAUGGUCUGAAUUAUAUGUACAUUAUAUAUAGGUGAUUAUGAAUAAAUCUGUUUAGUGUAAACGAA